AUGAUGUUGAACAAAGCGAGGAUUCUCGCACGGUAUGGAAUGACCCAUGCGAAGCAAAAUACUGCUCGAACAACGGGCUUCAGUAUUGUGACUCCAUCGAUCCAUCCCUUCCAUUCUAUGGCGAAGAUCCAACUACAGAAACAAGGUCCACUGGAUCUUUCUUAUGAUGUAAUCAAGAGUGAUACGCCCAGAAAUGGCAAUGUCGAGAAGCCGGGACCGCCCAUUAUUAUACUACACGGCUUGUUCGGGAACAAAUUGAACAACCGGAGUAUCGGCCGAAACCUCAAUAAGCGAUUGGGAAGGGAUGUGUACCUGUUGGACUUAAGAAACCAUGGGUCCUCGCCGCACAGCCCCGUACACAAUUACGGCGCGAUGUCAGAAGACGUGAAGCAUUUCAUCACAAAACACGAACUGAACACCCAGGAUGGGCCCAUUAUAGUGGGUCACUCGAUGGGUGGGAAAGUCGCCAUGAUGCUGGUCCUGAAGAACCCGCAAUUAUGCUCCAUGAUGGUCUGUAUAGAGAAUGCGCCAGUGAGUCUACGCCCCAAUAUCGAGUUUGUCGAGUACAUCAGAGCGCUGCUCGAGAUCGUAAAAGACAACGGCAAGACCAUCCAGACACUAAAGCAAGCAGACGAGCGCCUUGCGGAGAGGAUCGGCGGCAACGAGCUGGUGAGGCGGUUUCUGCUUACGACGCUAAAAAGAGUCAAGACCGAAGGCGCGUUGGGUGCAUCGUCAUAUACGUUUCACGAGCGCAUCCCGCUUGGCACGCUGAAAGACGCCAUCGUGAAAGGCGAGAUUGCGGCAUGGCCUCUUGAUCCCACACACGAACGCUGGACACGGCCAGCACUGUUCAUCAGAGCCACUCAGUCGCAGUACGUGGCGGACGAGUAUCUUCCGCUCAUUGGCUCGUUCUUCCCACGAUUCGAGACACGUGACAUCGAUGCGGGUCACUGGGUGAAUGCGGAGAAGCCUGGAGAAUGCGCCGAGAACAUCGCCGAGUUCGUGGAACGGCACGAGGAUUGA